AGCCGAGGGCGUGGCUAAAUGCUGAGUGAAGUUUUGCCUGGGACCCUCUACUAGUCGCCGCCUAGUCGCCACCGAGUCCUCUUAGCUGCGCUGUCAUGUUACCCAACACCGGGAAGCUAGCAGGAUGCACAAUUUUUAUCACAGGUGCAAGCCGAGGCAUUGGCAAAGCUAUUGCCUUGAAAGCAGCAAAGGAUGGAGCAAAUGUUGUCAUUGCUGCGAAGACCACCCAGUCACAUCCCAAACUUCCAGGCACAAUCUAUACUGCUGCUGAAGAAAUUGAAGUAGCUGGAGGAAAAGCCCUGCCGUGUGUUGUUGAUGUGAGAGACGAACAACAAAUCAGCAGUGCGGUGGAAAAAGCAGUUGAGAAAUUUGGAGGAAUUGACAUUUUGGUGAAUAAUGCCAGUGCUAUUAGCUUGACCAACACAUUGGAAACUCCUACAAAGAGAGUGGACUUGAUGAUGAGUGUGAACACCAGAGGCACCUACCUUACAUCUAAAGCAUGUAUUCCUUUUCUGAAAAAGAGUAAAAUUGCUCAUAUCCUCAAUCUCAGCCCACCCCUGAACCUAAAUCCAUUGUGGUUCAAACAGCACUGUGCUUAUACCAUUGCGAAGUAUGGUAUGUCGAUGUGUGUGCUUGGAAUGGCAGAGGAAUUUAAAGGUGAAAUUGCAGUCAAUGCCUUAUGGCCUAAAACAGCCAUUCACACUGCUGCUAUGGACAUGCUGGGAGGAGCUGGUAUUGAAAGCCAGUGUAGGAAAGUUGACAUCAUUGCCGAUGCUGCAUAUUGUAUUUUCAAAAAGCCAAAAAGUUUUACUGGGAACUUUGUUAUUGAUGAAAAUAUAUUAAAAGAAGAAGGAAUAAAAAAUUUUGAUGUCUAUGCAAUUACACCAGGCCAUCCUUUGUUACCAGAUUUCUUCUUAGAUGAACAUCCAGAUGUGAUUGUGGAGAAAAAGGAAUCACAUGAUCAUCAAGCAGGGAGAAGAAUUUUCCAUGAAGACUACAAGCAUGGCUCCAGUCUUGAAGCUGUGCCAGAAUUAAAAGAAGAGAAGCCACAGCCACAGUCAAAACCACGCUCUGGAGCUGUGGAAGAGACAUUUCGAAUUGUCAAAAACUCUCUCAGUGAUGAAGUCGUUAAAGCCACACAGGCAGUCUAUCAGUUUGACCUGUCAGGUGAAGAUGGUGGCACGUGGUUUCUUGAUCUGAAAACCAAGGGUGGGUAUGUUGGACAUGGAGAGCCCUCUGGUCAGGCAGAUGUGGUGAUGAGUAUGUCCACUGAUGAUUUUGUCAAAAUGUUUUCAGGAAAACUAAAGCCAACGAUGGCAUUCAUGUCAGGAAAAUUGAAGAUUAAAGGAAACAUGGCCCUAGCAAUCAAAUUGGAAAAGCUCAUGAAUCAGAUGAAUUCCAAACUGUGAAUGAAAAGAAACAAAAAGUAAAGCAGCAGCUCCAUGGUUAAAAUGUAAUGUUUGCUGUUUUCCCCACUAUCUAAUAAGGAUAUGUAUGUUUGUUCUGGAAAAAAUAGAAUUCUGUACCUAUAAGACUUGAAAUUGUAAUUAAAACAACUAGCCAAUCAAACACA